UUUUACUUGAUUUAUGUAACACAUUUACUGUUCAGCACGUGACUCAGUGUACGCCGUUUGGAAAUUACACUUGCUAUAACAAAUAUCUUUGAUAUACGAUAUUUUCAAGUUGUAUUUACAUAAUAAGCCUUGGGUAUUGGCGGUAUUGCAUACAUACCUUCUGGUUUUGUUAAGACGUCUGUGCCCAGCUGAAACAGCUGCUCUGGUAGUCUGGUGCAGUCAUAACUCAAAAAUAAAUAUAAUGGCAUGAAUGCCAUGAAUGCAUGAUACGACGUCCCGUAUAGCUCGUAGUUGUAUGGCUGCAUUGAUAAUCGAUUUUUGAACGAUUGUAUUUGUUAAACGUUMUCGUUAUUAGUUAUUCGUUAAUUUUAUUAAUUUUGUUUUUAAAUUCUGAUCGAUCGAAGACGUACCUAUGAACAUUGAACAUUUGAACGUAUCUGAAAUAUAAACUGAAACUGAAAACUACCCUYCUAAAGUUCCGAAAUUCCUAAAAUUCCUAUGUCACGUGUUCUAGUCUAGAAAUUUKAAUCUAAUUCAAUGUUGUAAAUUUUGUCACUUAAUUGAACAAAGUAYGUUUUUAUGUACUAUAAACUUUGUUCGAUGAUAAUAUAAUUAGGUUGUAUAUUAAAUUGUCAUACAUCUUAUAAUGGAUUUGGCAUCUCCGGUUGUCAACUCUGAUAAUGAGUCCAUUUCAGAUACAUUGGAACUGGAUACAGACUAUGAUUUCGACAAUGUUGAAGAAGAGCCAACUACUGUUGUUAAUCGAAAAGGGGGAUCGGUGUGGAGAGAUAUUGUUGUUGGAGAACAAAUGGAGGGAUGUCUAACACGUCUUGAAGUAACCUCUAAAACGGCUGCUUAUACUGAUAUGGAUGAUCCAAACUAUGAGCCCAAGGAUCAUAUGUCAAAACGGAAACGUGUUUUUCCAUCAACUAAGUCAAAUAAAAAGAGAGAAAAAGAAUGUGAUCUGGAGUCUGAUCAUGUUGUAAAGAAAAGAUAUUCACAUGGAAAUGGAGAUUUUAAGAAAUUUAGUUACAAAUAUGGAAAUACUAAAGGAUUUGAGGAAAAAAGAGCUAAUAAUGACAAUACAUCAAAGAGUAGAAUAUUGCUUGAUAUUAGUGACUCUGAAGAAAAAACUAUUGAUCAGUUUUUGGAUGAGUUGUGCACAAAUCUUUAUGAACAUAAUAAGAUGUUAAUGU